AUGAACCAAGAGAACGAGGUCCCGACAUAUCGACUAAAGGGAGGACGAGAGGAGCAGACCGGGGACGGAACAGCAGCGAAGGAGCAGUCGUCGCAAAAGCAGGAGGCGGGCGACUCAAACGCGGAAAACGACGACGACUCGAACCCUACCGUGAUCGCCGCGCGCCCGGUGGCGUCCGGCGGUUUCUCUACGUCGUCAGUGAGUGAGGAGUUUGUCAAGGAGCUGAAGAAGAUCGGGAAGUCUUUCGAGCUGUCCAGCGCCCAAACGAAGAUGCUGGAGGACGACUUGAAGGACAACGGUGCCGAGAAGGUGGCCGAGGAGCUGAAGAAGAUCGGGAAGUCUUUCGAGCUGUCCAGCGCCCAAACGAAGAUGCUGGAGGACGACUUGAAGGACAACGGUGCCGAUAAGGUGGCCGAGAGGCCUGCCAGGAAGGCGCACGUCGACGGCCAUCACGUGUCUAAGUCUCGGUCGGGCAGUCGUCACCGUCACCGGUCCGCCUCGUCAGCCGUCGGCCGACGUGAGACGCGCAGAGACGAGUGCCCGGUGAUUCAAAAACGCCCGGAUGGCGGGCCCAUUACUCACCGGCGUCAGAGGCACCACCACUACAGGCACCAGCGCCGGCUACGCGACGGUGACUUCAGCGAUGGCGCUGCCCAACCUGCGUCCGCGGCUCCCCAGAUACACAGACGCUGCUGCCGGAGCCCAGCCGCCAGCGACUCCUGCUGUUUCAGGGCAUCAAUGAAGCACGCCUCGGAAGGGGACCAUCACUGCAGAAUGGGUGCAGAAGAGGACGGUGAAGCACAAAAUGGCGCCCAACAGUCCCGCGGCGAAAGAAAAAGCGGCAAAAAAGGAAAAGCACUCGGCGAGAACGGCGCCACGAAUCAGGCAGACGGGAAGUGCGGGGACGUCUUCAGCCGGUACCGCUCCAACUACCGCUCGGUAGACACCGACAGUUCCUCUUCGUCAUCGUCUUCCGAAAACGAAUGUGGCGAAGAUGUCGCUGUUACGAGGCGUAAGCACCAAGGUGACGGUUCCAGGACGUUCACCUACACGCAGACGCGGGAGUCGUCCUCGCCGCCCCGCAGCCGGAGAACAAUCCGCGCUGGUAGCCGAGACAGGAGCCGUAGCCGAGACAGGAGCCGUAGCAGCUCCCAAAGGCGCUGCGCCGACGGGCCCGUUGAGUCCACGGUCGAGAAGCACGUCCUGGAGCUCAAUUUUCCGUCUUCGCCGCUGAUGCGCAGCAUAUCCAACCUCCUGAAGCUGCACUGUCCUUGUCAGGACAAUGUAGAGAACAAGGACAAAGCCGAGGACGACGUCGACGACGAGGUCGACGGCGAUGAAGAGUACAAGAAUGAGGCCAGCGCUGAACGCUUCGUGCAUCGCAUGAAGCCGGGGCAGACUUGCGAGCUUCAAGGAGACAGUCAGGUGAUUCUGGUCUCGUUGCCGGAGCCUCACAAGUUGACGGUGGAGCACGUGAUCCGUAGUUCGAGCUCCCUCGUCGAGCAGGAGCGCUGCGUUUCACGGCACCGGGAAAAAGCGGAGCGUGGCUGCGCAGAACGCGAUCGCAAGAUUUAUCACCACGACAAGAACGGCGCCCGGUGCGAAGAAGCCGUCGAUGCUCCCCGCUUCCGUCGCAAGCACAGCUAUGUCAGACACACUAGGCGACUCAAGGGGCCGAACGCGUGUCAAGACGACCCGGCGCCUCCGAAGGCUGUCAAUCGGUGCUCGUCCUCCAGUAGCGACUCGAGCGAGGACGACGAGCCUGACUACCUGACCUGCAGCAAGGAAAAGGGCACGGAGGAAGUCGUGGUGCGGCCGGCCGUCAAGAGCUCGCGGCACAACCGAGGAGGAGGUCGCGAGGAAAUCGCGGGCGGGGGUUCGAGCACGCAGCGGGAGCUCAGGUUGACCAUACCCAAGGUCGCCGCCGGAGAGACCAGCCGGAAGAGGUCGUCGGGCCUGCGAAAGGAGAAGAGGUCCGGCAAGGCGUCGUCAGCAGACAGCGAGGCACACGGUGACAACCGCGGCGAAGGAGCGGGGGAGGACGACAGCACCCUGCGUAUCGUGUUCACCGACUCCCGGUUGAACACCGAGCUGCGCUGUAUACUGCAAGAGCGUUCGAACCCCAGUCGGGAAGGGAGGCCCGAGUCGAGCCGCACUGCGCAAUCGCGGAGGCGCAGCGGUGGACCCUGCCCACGUGACACUCGGCGUCGGCAGCUGGACGCUCGGAAGGCCAGCGAAGACAACACCGAUGCCGACAGUGCGAGGGAAAUCGCCAUCCGGAGGCAGCACUGCGGCUGCGCUCCGAUGACCCAGCGUCAGCGCGCCCGUCACGGUGCGGAAGACCCGGACGUCGUGUCCAGCAGCUAUUACUCGUCCACGCACGAGUCCAGCGUGGCCCUGAACGAGGCGACGAAGGCCGGCAGCGCGUGCACGCUGUGCCACACCAUCCGCGCCAUGGGCGCCAAGGAACGCCCCUGGCGGCCACACUGGCAGCGAAGCAAACACGCCCACUGAUGACGUCGGUUUGAGGGGCCGUUAGCAGCUUGGCAGCGCGUAUGAGAUGGGGCGUUCGCGUUUCGUUGAACGGACUUGUUCAACGGAAUGUGCUCGAGCGAUGGGUCUGUAAUGGCGCCCGUAGAAGCCUGCGCUUGCGCCGAAUUAAACGAAAUGUAACAGGCUCCAGAGGCUUGGCACGUUAGUGGACUCUGAAGUCGCAAGUAAGGGUAAAGAAGAUAAAGUAAGUUUUGAGGAUGUAGCAAAGUAUAAGCUGAGUGGUAUUUCUACGAAUGAAUGUUGGGCAUAACGCCGUGCAAUUGAUCUAAGCUAAAUGACACUUUGUUACUAAGACAUAUGGAACGAUUACGACUACGUAAUGUCCGUGGUGGUUCGGAAUGAUACCAUGCGAUGAAGAUGUAUAGUGAUGUGACACGUAAUUUGCGUACCAUAUCUUCAGUGUUCGCUUUUAGCGCUCAUGUGUGAGAAAGUACAAGGUCGGUAAUGUGACUACGUUGGCAACUAAUUCUAGACAUUUACCUGAGGCUACAUUUACAUUGCAUAAGUUCAUCUCUUUUGCUUGAUUUUGUUGCCUCGGCUCUUGAACAGAUUCGCAAGAAUGUCUACGCUACGAU